UAUAUAUAUAUAUAAACCUUCCAGCAGAGGGCAAUUGUAUUAAGCGAAGACUUCAGAAGGGCGUUGCUCUUCUUCGGGAGUCCUGUCACAACACAAGAAGAGCCGGAAGUGGCAGUGCUCCUUUCAUUUUCUACCGAGUAAAUAACGGGUGGCUGAAUAAAACCGCAGUAAAUAGAAUUAAUGAUCUGCUUGUUAGCUCAGAAAAGUGAGCCCCUAGGAGAGAAUCUGAGCUCGUAAGGCGCCAUGUCUACUGGUUGCCCACCACAGUCUCCAUCUGUGGCUAAAACAGAGGUGGUGGUGGAAGGAUGGUGCCCCCUAUUGGCAGCCACCUUUGCCUACUGGGACAACAUCCUUGGACCCCGAGUAUGGCACAUCUGGGCCCCCAAAGGUCAGGGGUCGAUGUUACUCAGUGACAGCGAGGUGACUUUCCUGGCAAAUCACACACUGAACGGUGAGAUUCUGCGCAGUGCAGAGAGUGGUGCCGUGGACGUAAAGUUCUUCGUCUUGGCAGAGAAAGGCGUGAUCAUCGUGUCACUGAUAUUUGAUGGCGAGUUAAAGGGUGACAAGAACACGUGCGCGCUGUCCAUCAUUCUCCCCCAGUCAGAAUUGGAUUUCUACCUUCCGCUGCACAGUGUGUGUGUGGAAAGGCUCAAGCACACCGUUCGCAAGGGACGCAUCUAUAUGCAAAAGGGUUACGGCAUUAUUGCUUUGUUAACCUCUGAGAUAGUUCCUAUCAUGGAGCUUCUCUCGUCCAUGAAGACUCAUAGCGCACCAGACGAAGUUGAUAUCAAAGACACAUUAUUGAAUGAUGAUGAUAUAGGUGACAGCUGUCAUGAGGACUUUCUGCACAAAGCCGUAAACUCUCAUCUACAGACUUGUGGCUGUUCCGUUGUUGUUGGCAGUAACCCAGACAAAGUCAAUAAGAUUGUGCUGACGCUAUGUCUGUUCCUAACUCCCGCUGAGAGGAAGUGCUCACGACUGUGCCGAGCUGAUGGCACUUUCAAAUACGACACUGGUCUGUUUGUUCAGGGCCUCCUCAAGGACUCCACAGGGAGCGUUGUGUUGCCUUACCGACAGGUCCUCUCUUCCCCCUAUCCGUCUACUCACAUUGACGUGGACAUUAACACAGUGAAGCAGAUGCCUCCUUGCCACGAACACACGUACCAUCAGCGCCGCUACAUGCGGGCCGAGCUCAGUGCCCUCUGGAAGACUACCAGUGAGGAUGAAUUCAGCCCUGAACAACUCAUCAACAUACAAGAAUCGUUUACUCCUGACUUGAAUAUAUUUCAGGAUGUCAUGCACAAAGAUACACUGGUAAAGUCUUUCAUAGAUGAGGUUUUCCUUUUGAAACCAGGUCUAAACCUUCGGAGUGUAUACUUGUCCCAUUUUCUCCUACUGCUUCACAGGAAGGCCCUGACUCUGCUCAGAUAUAUCGAGGAUGACACUCAGAAGGGGAAGAAGCCAUUCCGGUCACUGCGUAAUCUGAAGACUGACCUGGACUUGACUGUAGAAGGAGACCUGAACAUCAUCAUGGCAAUGGCAGAGAAGCUGCGGCCGGGCCUUCACUCCUUUGUGUUCGGGAAGCCCUUCUUCACUAGUGUGCAGGAGCGUGAUAUUCUAAUGAACUUCUGACCAUUCACCUUGAAACACCCAAUAUCAUUGAUUCACAAGCUGGCUGAUAUGUAUUCAUGUUUUAAAAGUAUGAUUGUGUAUAAUGUAUGUAUAUGUGUACUGAUUCACUCUGGAGCUUGCUUGAACCUUUAGAGAUACUCUCCACAAGUGCCAUGCAGGGCAGGGCCUUCAUCAUGUUCAUCCUGAGUUUAUUUUAACUGUGAGGAUUGUGAUGCUGCUACUAAGUGCCUCCGAUGGCACAGCCUUACUGUUAUGUUUCUUCUGCAGACAGUAAUGACUCACCAUGAAUAAAUCAAGUUUUGCUUGUUAUGAGGUCCAAGUGUUUUCAUGUUAUCAUGGUGUUAUCAUGAUAAUUGAGAGACAGCUCAUUAGGUAUGCUUGUACCGUUUCCACAUCAAAGAAUUUAUAAGCAAGCGGACUUGAUGAUUAAUAUUGUCACAGGGCUACUAUCUAAAUAAAUCUGAAGGUGAAUUUACUGAUGUGGUUGUACUGAAAUGGAAUAGCUCUUGCUGUUUUUUUGUUUUUGUUUGUUUCUUUGUUUUGGAACAACAUCCUUGUAUGUGGGAAAGUUAACUAAAAUGGAAAUAAAGGCAUUGCUGAGACGGUGCUGUGUCCUCUU